AUGUCACCUGCUCCGACCGAAGACCGACCUGAGGCAGAAGCUGUUCCUUACAAAGGGGAGCCUCUGCCAAACGUUCCGGAAGACCUUGUUGUUCCCAAUGUCUUGAACUUGGACUUCGAUGAGCGACUAUGGGUUCCUCAGGCUCCAGACGUCUGGUUCCGGCCCAUUCUUUUCAACGUCACACAAGGUUACUUCGUCAACCUACUUCGGGUACGUCGGUCGGGCAUUCUGUCUCGCCAUCGUCAUUCUGGCCCUGUCCACGCAACUGUUCUCCGAGGCAAAUGGCACUACCUUGAGCAUCCGUGGUGGGCAACUGAGGGAAGCCAUGCUUUCGAGCCCCCAGGCGAUAUACACACUCUCGAGGUUCCAGAUGGAGUCGAAGAAAUGAUUACUUUGUUCCACGUUACCGGUGCAUACAUCUACGUGGAUGAAAUGGGUAAACCGCUCGGUGUGGAGGACGUUUUCUCGAAAUUGGCUAGCGCAAAGGCUCAUUAUGCUGAAGUUGGGCUUGACCCGAAAUAUGUUGAUCAGUUGAUUCGUUAG